CACUGGGCUCCUCUUUCUCCUCUCUAUUCCCGCUCGACUAUACCCUUACGCUUCUUUGUUUCAUCAUGGAGUCCCAGCUUGACGAGCUCAUUCAGUUCCUGACGAACCCGCGGCCCGAUGUGCGCCAGGUGGCAUCGACCUACAUUGUCGGAUUCACACACCCGACCUCGGACUACUUUGAUCUGGUAGUGGCUCGUGCGGACAAGCUCGUGCGGCCGCUGCUAGUGAUGUGCCACGACAACCCGGUUGUCGCGCACGACGCGAUCCGGUCUCUGGUGAACAUGACGACGAAGCCCUCGGUGUGCGGCUACUUUGACGAUGAGGACUCGCUGUCGAUGAUUGUCCGUUUGAUCACGAACCCAUCGAUGGUGAUCGCUGACCUGUGCUGCAUGCUGCUGUCUAACCUGACAAAGGUGGACCGGAUCUGCCGCCGCCUCAGCACCCUGAUGGUUGGCGAGACCCCCGGACUCUGCAGCUCGCCAAUGGCUAUGGACCAGCUGACGGACGUGUUUGUCAAGGGCAUGGACCACAAGUUCAACAAGGACGCAAACUUUGGGUUCCUGGCCAGCGUGUUCUCCGACAUGACCACGUACCCGUUCGGCCGCAAGUACUUUUUGGAGCGCACGUCGUACGACGGCAAGCUGCCAAUCACCAAGAUCAUGGUGUUCAACGAGUAUCCCGACGUUAUUCGCCGUGGUGGCGUUGACUCGACCAUGAAGAACGUGUGCUUUGAGAAGGACAAGCACAAGGAGAUCCUGGAUCCCAACGAGACCAACAUGUUACCGUACAUUCUGCUGCCGCUGUGUGGCCCCGAGGAGAUUGAUAUGGACGACAUGGAAAAGUUCCCCGAUGAGCUGCAGCUGCUUGAUGAUGACAAGAAGCGCGAGCCCGACUCCAAGCUGCGUGCAACACUGCUUGAGGCCAUCAAUCUGCUCUGCACCACCCACUUUGGCCGCCAGACGCUGCGCGACAAGAACGCAUACAUUGUCCUUCGUGAGAUGCACAAGGUCGAGACGGACGAUGCUUGCAUCGAUCUCAACGACAGGGCUGUUCAGCUGCUGAUGCGCGAUGAGAGCAAGGAGACUAUGGACGACAACCAGCAGUCAAACGCCAUGGAGGAUGACACGAUCGAGGAGAUCUAGGGCACAUGUGGCUUUCCAUUCGUGUAUAAAAACUAUUGAAGAAUACGACAUUUCCGACACACAGGAUCUAGUAGCGAAUAGGCGGCUGAUCGCCGUUCUUUUCCAGGUCGUCAAACAGGCUCUCGCGCUUGGCAAGGAUGCGGUCGCUGAAGUGGUGGUUCGUGUCUCUGUGCAGGGCCUCAUCAGCGCGCACAGCCAGGACCACAUCGCGCAGCCUGGCAUCGGGCCUCAGGUU